UAUACUCAGUCGUUGUAGUUCGUGUGGACUCGUCGUUUUCUUAUUCGUCUAGGUUUAUAAAAGCUGGAUUGGCACCCCCGCAAGUUUAUUUACGUUUGCGCGCGAAGAUAACCAAGUCGCCAUGUACCGGUUAUUACUCCCGGUGUUUCUGACAUUGAACGCUGUGUCGUCAGCGCCUCAGGAUGUUACAGAAAACUCCAACGUUACGUAUGUGCAAAUACAACCACUAGUCACAAACAACACGCAAGCCGACUCGCCCAUACUAGAAUCCAGAAUCGAAAAAAUACCGCUCACAAUUCCGGGAGCCGUAGCAGUUGCAAUCGAAAAUAACGUUUCCCGCCAAAGCAACAUUAUCACAACAGAGAUCGACCAAUCAGAGACGACAACGAUUACACCGGAAAAAACUACGCGAUUUAUUCCGGUCAGACGAGCAACUACUGAAAAAAUUACAAGUCCAACAGAAGUCCCUACUACAUUAUUGCCUAUAAAACCAUCUUUUAGCAAACCGAAACCGAAAUUUGUGUCCAAAUUAAGUUAUUACAAUAAAGCGAGUUCAUUUGAUGUUAAUGCGGCUAAUAAUUUAGUUGGACGCGUCGGAAAAAGGAAGUACAAAACUACAUGUAGAUGUGAGAAAAUUUGGAACUGUCCAAAACUACAAAUAACUAUACCGAGAUGUCCGGAUGAAUAUUUUCUAUGUUGCUUAUAAAUAAGAAGUAAUUACAUAGAAUAUACAUUUAGGAUUUCGCUACAAAAUAGGUGACAUGAUUAAAAAAUAAAUUAGUCUCGCCAACCAUUUAUAAUUAAAUAAUUUAACACAAGUAUAAAGUUACGAAAAUAAAAGCCUAUAAGGAAAAAGUACCAAGUUCACAGGGUCAUCUAAAGAAUAUAGGUAGCAAUAUUUUUAGUUACUGAAUAUUUUGAUUUUGAUUUGAAUAUUUAAAAUAGGUAAUUUGUAAAGCCCAUAAAAAAUUGCCUAAUUUUUUACAAAUUAACAUUUUUAAAAGCAUUUUCAUUUACCAAUGUUAGCUUUUAAAGUCGGUCAAUACUGUAAAACCAUAGUCAGACUUUAGUUUUUAAAUCAUUAAAUAAAUAAGGUUUUCUACAA